AUGACUACUGGAAGUUUUGUCGAUGUCCUGAUUAUCGGAGCUGGUCCGGCAGGUCUAAUGUGUGCUACUGCACUCGCCAGCGCAGGCAUUGGCGUGCGAGUGAUCGACAAAAGAGUGACUCGAUUGUUGACGGGUCAGGCAGACGGUAUCCAACCACGGACAACUGAGAGUUACGGGCUCGGCGAUCGUCUCCUCCGCGAAGCCGUCCAGCUUCAUAUGGCUGCAUUCUACAACCCUAGUGAACAAGGCGGGAUCGAGUGCACCGACAUGAAACCGGAUAUCACUCCAAAUGCGCGCUUUCCCUAUAAGCUUGCUCUUAACCAGGGAGCUAUUGAAGCUAUAUUCCUAGACUCAUUAAAUUCGAACGGUCUCGGGGUUGAUUACUCGGUUAUACCCACUUCCAUCACCUUCGAUGAAUCCAAGCUAUCUGACACUAUUGCGCAUGUUGUCAAGGUCACUUUGCAGCAUCUCGAGACCUCAUCAUCGCCGGGUAGAACGGAGACGGUAAAUGCCAAGUUUGUAUUAGGGGCGGACGGCGCUCAUUCGUGGGUGAGAAAGGCCCUUGGCAUCACAAUGGACGGCGAUCAAACAGAGCACAUAUGGGGCGCAGUAGACCUAGUCCCCGACACGGAUUUCCCUGAUAUCCGGAACCGCACUGCCAUUCACUCCGUCAAUGGGAGUAUCAUGAUCAUCCCUCGCGAAAACGACAUGGUCCGGUUGUAUAUUCAACUGUCAGACCGAGACGUCAUCGACCCAGCUAGUGGACGCGUGGAUAAGAGCCGCAUGACUCCUGAAAAGCUAAUCGCGGUUGCGCAAAAGUCGUUCCUCCCUUAUAUACUUAAAGAUGCUCAAGACGUUGACUGGUGGACAGUCUAUGUCAUUGGACAGCGCGUGGCUAGCAAGUUUUCUGCGCAUGAGCGCGUCUUCAUUGCUGGUGACGCCUGCCACACCCAUUCUCCAAAAGCAGGACAAGGAAUGAACGCUAGCAUAAACGACACUCACAAUCUGGCCUGGAAGCUUGUUCAUGUGCUACGGGGAUGGGCGGACUUUUCUUUGCUCAAAUCGUAUGAAUUCGAGCGCCAGAAGUACGCGCAGGACCUCAUCGACUUCGAUAAGACGCAUGCCGGGCUUUUCUCGGCAAAACCAAAGACCAAGUCGUUCGAGGACGGUGUGAGCCAUGAAGAGAAUUUCAAGGCGUUCCAGACCUUUGCAGAAUUCGCAUCUGGUGUUGGAAUCCAAUACGAAGAAUCGACCUGGAUAAACGCCAAACACCAGUCGUCCGCUCCGAAUCUCACCAUCGGGCAACGCAUGCCGCCUCAGAUUCUCAUCCGAACAUGUGACUACCGGCCAUACGAUAUUCAUGAAUACCUAGUGGCCGAUGCGCGGUUCAAGAUACUCGUAUUCGCUGGCGAUGUGAACGAUGAAAUGCAACUUGCCAAGGUGUACGCGUUAGCGGAGGAGCUCGAGAAGCCUACAAGCUUCUUGCGCAAAUAUCUGAAGGACGCGCAAAGCAUCGAGAGCAAGUUCAGUAUUGUCACGAUCGUGGCUAAAACAAAGGGUCCUGUCAAAAUGCUUGGUAUUCCCGUUCUAUUCCGUCCCCAUUGGUCCAAAGUCUUGACUGACGACACGGACGUGACGCAGGCCACAGGUGGACACGCUUACGAGCGGUUUGGCAUUGCUCAAGAUGAGGUCACACUCGUUGUUGUGAGACCAGACGGGUUCGUAGGCACAAUUGCGCUGGCGUCACACUAUGAUGAUCUGAACAAGUACUUUGCGGGCUUCAUGCGUGUGCUAGUCUAA